AUGGCCUCCACCCUCACCGACUGGCUCAACGCCGGGAGGUACCUCGAUGUUCUACUCAGCGACGCCGCGGGGCAUCUGAUCGAUGACUUUGUCAGCUCUUCUUUACCAACAAUAUUGACGCAGCAAGACACCAACGGCGCCAGCACAAAAACCACAGAUGUGUCCCCCCAGGACAGGCUGGCUGUCGGCCUGGCCGCGCUGAAUGCCUUUUUACAGGGCAAUGUCACGGGGCCGGUGCUGGAUGACAAGACCCUGCGGCGCGUGGAGGGGCGGUUUUGCUCGACGACGGGCGACCAGCAGCAGGGGAAGCGGGAUGUGAGGAAGGCGUGCUUGCGCUCGUUGGAUGUGGAUGGUGUGUCGGUUUAUGAGUAUGUGCCCUUGGUGGAGGUGUUUUGCUUGGCCCGGCAUGUGUUGGUUGCGUCAGCGGCACAACCGGCUGGGGAAGGGGUGGGUGGUGGGGAUGAGGGUGCUGUUGGGGUUGCGGAGGCUGCGGCCAGGUCACCCAAGUGGCUGGCCCUGAGGGUGCGUGUCUGGCACUACAAGCUGUUGACUCAGCCUAGUUUGGGGCCUGGCUCGGUGUUCAACAAGGCGUCGCAGUGGUGUGAUGUGCCGAGUUUGCAGGGCGACAUCGAGAAGGGGCUGCAGGCGUUGGAGGAGGAGAUUGUGGGCGGUGGGAAAGCGUGGAGUGACCUGGAGAAGGUGCAGUUCUUGGUGGAAAAGGCGAAUGUCUGCAUCUCGCUGGGGCUAGACCGCGUGGCUAAGGAGGCGCUGCAGAAGGCAAGUGCACUGAGCGGGUUCGUUUACGCUCUUUCUGGUGCACUAGGGAAGAGGACAAAGUUCCAGGAAAAGAGUACCAGCCAGCUUGUGGUGUUGGCGAAGAGUGGGGAGGGUGUGAAAACCGACGACGAGCAGGCGAAACCGCAGGCGCUCGCGCUCAACGACGAUACGCUACUGGAAGAUGUCGAGUUCUCUAAGGAGAAGGCGGAGGAGGACCCGAAGUCGGAACUACCGGCACCCUUGAGGGACUUGUCGCCGGAUGAGCAGCCACAACUGUCACCCAUGGAUCAGAUCAUCCUCCUCGCCGAGGCGACAGUGAAGGAUGCGUUCUCACCAGCCGAUACCCUUACCUCGGAGGAGGUCCUUCCGUUCGCUGUCCGUGUCAUCUCAGACAAGUCCACCAACUGGCAAAUUUACACCCACGCACUUCUAGUGCGGUCCAGGAUCGAGAUGCACCGCAGCAGGACCAUUGAGCGAGGUGUGCUCCAGAUGCAGGCCGUGGUUGACCAAGUCAUUGUUGAUACCACUCAACCAACUGCCGAGGAUACUCCCGAGCCCGUUCAGGAAUUGGAGGCCGCUGUUCCGGAGAUCAAGAUCACGGGAGAUCGCGAUGAAGCCCCCAAGCCGGACAACAAACCCACCUCCUUCUUCCCCGCCGCGAAACCAACGGAAUCGGCUCCAGCACAUGUCCGCCUCGAGCACCUUCACGCCCUGAGCUCGCCUCCCAGGUGGCAUCUCGAGUCAGAGCUCGCCUACUCGUGGGCUGGUGUCGGUUCGUUGGUUUCUGCUCUCGAAAUCUUCAAGCGGCUCCGACUCUGGGCCGAAGUCGCAUUGUGUUAUGCCAGCAACGCGGCCAAAGAGGACGAGGAUGGACGGGGGAGCAGUGGGGAAGCCAAGGCCAAGGCCAUCCUGCGAUGGCGCUUGUAUCACAAAACCGGGACGUCGCUGGAGCAGCAGGAUCAGUCUAGCGAGAUAGAAGAGGUGGAUGUUGAUGAGCUAAAGGAGGCAGAUUACCACGGGCCAGAACGCCAACCUGCUCCACCCAACGCGCCCCGUUUGUGGUGCAUCCUCGGUGACAUCGAGGACGACCCCGCGCACUACGAACGAGCCUGGGAGCUUUCCAAACACCGGUUCGCGAGGGCACAAAAAUCCCUCGGCGAGUACUACCUACAGAAGAAGGACAUCGAGCGUGCAAGGGACGCCUACCGAAAGGCGGUUACCGUCAACCGGCUCAGCUCGGAACUUUGGAACCGCAUGGGGCGACAUCACCUCUACGUGGAGUGUGUCAAGAAACUCAAGCAGCAAAAAAAAGCCGGCAUAGCCGACGAACCCGCCGCCACUGCCACCGCUACGGCCCCUGCAGCAACAGCCGCGGCCGACGACGAAGAAGAAGACCUAACCCCCUCCUCCAAGAAGAGCACACAACCCGACCCCUCAGCGCUCCUCACGCAGGCUCUCGCCGCCUACAAGCGCGGCGCCAGCAUCGCCCACGACAACUGGCGCAUUUGGGACAACGUCGUCACCCUCGCCGCCCGCCUGCGGCCUCUACCCGUGUCCGACCUCCUCCUAGCCCUGCGCAGCGUUGCGCGCAUCCGCGCCACCGAGGACGCACUGGAUAUCGACAUCCUGCGGCUGCUACUAAACGAGGCUGUGCUGGGCCCAGAGAAGCCCGCUCCUUCUUCUUUUUCUUCUGCUCCACCUACUACGACUACAAACGGUGGGAAACAGGGAACGAAGAAGGCGGGUGUGUAUGAGCCGCCGCGGGGCACGCCGCAGAGGAACGUGUGCGACUUCCUCGAGGGCACCGUCGUCCCGCUGGUGACGGCGCGGUCGGAGCUGUGGGAGCUGGUGGCACGCGAGCGCGUGUGGCGAGCCGACUACGCGGGCGCUGUCGACGCUUCCGAGCGCGCGUGGCGCGCGGCGGUGGGCGGCGUCUCGGGCGUCUCUGCUGGUGCGGGUGGGGGUGGGGGUGGGUUGUUGCCGUCGAGUGCGAAGGGGGAUGGUGGUGGCGGUGGGCGGAGCUGGUUGGAGGAUCGUGAGGGGUGGCGGGCGGUGGUGGAGCGCACGGAUGAUUUGGUGUCGAUGCUCGAGAACUAUGGCGAGGAGGUGCCCGAGAUCGGCACCAGGUGGAAGGGCAAGGCCCGGAGCGCCGUCCGGAGUGUCGUGGGCAAGGCCAAGGAGAACUGGGAGGGGAGUGAGGAGUGGGAGAGGCUGGUGGCGCUGUUGGAGGGGUUGAGAUGA